AUGUUCGCAGCAGCUUCCAACUUAUUCAACAAAUCAUCCUACCUAUCCGCAUACAAUGUCCAGACCUCCUCCUCCUCCGCUUCUGCGGGUCCUUCUCCAAACUCAUCUUCAAGUCACUUACCACUCCCCUCUUCUCCCAUACCUGGCUCUUCUUCUUCUUCUUCUACUGCGGCAGGUGCAGGCACACAGGUAAAAUCGUUCAAUGUGGGAUUAUGGAAAGUCCUCGGCGGGUCGCACAAGACUACGGGAAAGGAAGUUAGUGUAUGGAUAUUUGAAAAAAGGGUGUUGGAUGGAGUCAAACCUUCUGUUAGCUUUGGGGGGAUGGGUGGGAAGGAUUGGGUCGUUGAGCAGUUGAAGAAGGAGGCCUCAGCACUUUCACGGCUCCGUCAUCCCGAUAUUCUCCACAUGGUCGAACCACUCGAAGAGUCCCGAUCAGAGUUGACAUUCAUCACUGAACGAGUGACCGCCUCUCUUUCGUCCCUGUUCGCCUCGGCAUCGUCAGCGAGUAAAACCAACCGAGGAGGUAGACCCCCUACAGCAGAAAUAGGUGAUCAAGUAGAUUUGGACGAGGUGGAAAUUCAGAAAGGGACAUUACAAAUCGCUAAAGCUCUUGGAUUCUUGCAUGAGAAGGGAAGAGACGUGCAUUUGAAUCUCGGUCCAGAAAGUGUCAUCAUAAAUGCAAAGGGCGACUGGAAAUUAUCUGGUUUAUCAUUUAUGACACCCCUCAAUCAACCUGAUGGAUCGCCUACGAAAUACGUAUAUCCAGAGGUAGAUGCGAGAUUACCUCCUCAGGUACAAUGGAAAUUGGAUUAUCUAGCACCUGAAUACGCCCUUGAUUCUCAAUUGACACCUUCAUCGGACCUAUAUUCACUCGGAUGUUUGCUAUUUGCUGUACAUAUGGGUGGUAAACCCCCUUUCCAGAAUAGAGGUUCGAUGCAGAGUCUUCGCCAGAAUGCCGAAGGGUCUUUGGUGAGGAGGGAAUGGAUGAGUGGAAGUAAAUGGGAGAGAUGUAGCUCUGAACUGCGAGAUCUUCUACCUCGACUGCUCACUCGACAACCUUCAACCAGGAUAUCACUCGCCUCUCUACCUUCGCACCCGUUCUUCUCUUCUUUAGCUAUUUCCACUUUGAACUUCUUGGAUCCUACUACGUUCGCUUCUAAACCCCGUGAAGAGAAGGCGACUUUCUUGAGGGGCUUAGUAAGGGUGUUACCAACGUUCUCAGAGAGAUUGAGGAAAGGAAAGGUAUUGCCUAGUCUACUAGAGGAGAUGAAAGAUCCAUAUCUUCUGCCAUUCAUCUUGCCGAACGUUUUUGAGAUUUCGAAAGGACUGAAUAAAGAUGAAUUUGCGAAUGUACUACCCAAAUUACAGCCCUUGUUCGCUCUUAAGGAUCCGCCUCAGAAUAUGCUCACUCUGCUGGAACACCUAUCAUUGUUCGAAGAGAAGACGACUCCCCCAGUAUUCAGAGAGAAUGUCAUGCCGUUGAUAUACAACUCACUCGAAUGUGAACAUCUGCCGGUACAGGAAAAAGUGCUCAAGACUGUUCCUCAUCUGUGUGAGAUUUUGGAUUAUGGUACUGUUCAGAAUGUUUUACUUGUCAAAGUAGCUAUACUGUUCACGAGAACUAGGAUCUUAUCAGUCAAAGUCCAAACUUUGGAAUGUUUCACUUCGAUGGUCAAGACGCUUGAUAAAGCUACUUUGACCACCAAGUUGGUUCCGCUCUUAGCUAAGAUCAAGACAAAGGAACCUGCUGUGAUGAUGGCCACAUUGGCGGUACACGAAGCGAUGGGAGCGAAAGUAGAUCGUGAAGCUAUUGCGACAUUGGUCUUACCGCAGUUAUGGGCGAUGUCGAUGGGUCCUUUACUGAAUGCCGAUCAAUUCACUAAAUUCAUGACUGUGGUCAAGACUCUCGGAGCCAGAGUCGAGCAAGAACACUCUCAGCACUUACGAGAUGUACAUCGCAUAGAAGCUCAAACAGCUUCUCUUGCCGCUCAAAACUCUUUCUCUCUCAAUGGAAGUAAUUCAAACCUCGGUGGUGGAGCAGGAGGUGAGAUGGAUUUCGAGACUCUCGUUAGGGGAGGUUUAGGUUCAGCCGCUCCUUCGCCAAAUCCUGUAUUCUCCAAUACGGUUGGAGCGACCGAUCCGUGGGAUGACGAAGGUUGGUUGAACGGUGAUACCGAUAAUGCAGGUGUGGGUGCAUUGUCAAACACUUUCCCAACUUUAUCGGUGAACAACACUGGAUCUUCCAUACUCAAUUCGCCUAAUUUAUCAUCCGCGACCAGACAAAGUAGUAAUCAUGGUGUAGGAUCAUCCAGAUUGAAAGCUCGUCCUGUCCCUUCAUCAACAUUCAACUCAUCCGCCUUUGGAUCUCCAUCCCCUACCAUCCAAUCACCGCCUACCCUUCCUCCUUCCAUACCUGCCCCUUCAUCAUCGUCUUUCACACCUUUACAACCUAUGAAAUCACCUUCUCUUACUCCUCAGAACAGAUUCUCCCCUUCGAUCAAUAACGGUAGUGGUAACAGUAAUGGACCAAAUUACAAUAUCUCACUGACGCCUCAACCCUUGCAACCUCAAUCGCAAUCGCAAAAUCCACUAUCAUUCAUGUCUUCCCCUUCUUUAUCUCAGCAGAACCAUCAGCAGCAGCAGCAGCUCUCUUAUCAGCCACAGCCUGCUCUUCAGCCUACAGUAAAGCCACCUCCGGGUUGGUCACCUGGUCUGAUGCAGCCUUCCUCAGCACCGAAAGCGGUAUGGGGCAAGAGUGCGAAUGCAGGAGGAAGUGGGGGGAAUUCAGAUUGGGGUGAUUUUGAUCCGUUGAAAUGA